AUUUGCUGUUGUUUCGAAGGACACCCGAAUAUAUUUCAAAACUGAACGAUUUCAGCCAAGCCAAAGCAUCCUGUCUUCCCAGAGGCACCAGGCAAGGCCAGAUCAUUCAUCAUGGUGAAUGCUGGCUGCUGGCUACUCGUUCUCUUUAUGGCCACAUGGAGUGACAUUGGCCUCUGCAAGAAGCGACCAAAACCUGGAGGAGGAUGGAACAGUGGGGGCAGCCGUUACCCAUCCCACAGCGGGGGCAACUGGGGCCAGCCCCAUGGCGGAGGCUGGGGUCAGCCCCAUGGCGGAGGCUGGGGCCAGCCCCAUGGCGGAGGCUGGGGUCAUGGAGGUGGCACCUACAAUCAGUGGAAUAAACCCAAUAAGCCCAAAACCAACAUGAAGCAUAUGGCAGGUGCUGCAGCGGCAGGGGCCGUGGUAGGGGGUCUGGGUGGCUACAUGCUGGGGAGCGCCAUGAGCAGGCCCCUCAUCCAUUUCAGCAGUGACUAUGAGGACCGUUACUACCGUGAGAACAUGUACCGUUACCCCAACCAAGUGUACUACAGGCCCGUGGAUCAGUACAGCAGCCAGAACAACUUCGUGCAGGAUUGCGUCAACAUCACGAUCAAGCAGCACACAGUCACCACCACCACCAAAGGGGAGAACUUCACUGAGACCGACGUGAAGAUAAUGGAGCGCGUGCUGGAGCAGAUGUGCACCACGCAGUACCAGAAGGAGUCGCAGGCCCACUACUACCGCGGGAGAGCCGGCUUGGUGCUCUUCUCCUCCCCGCCGGUGAUCCUCCUCGUCUCCUUCCUCAUUUUCCUGAUAGUGGGGUGAGGAAGACCUUCCCAUUUGCACCGCCGUCUUCAUCUUGGUCCAGUUGGGGGAGGGGUAUCCACCGGCGGCCCUUUCAGUGGUGGCAUCUCAUUCUUGCUUCUCUCUUUGUCCCCCGUAGGCUAAUAUCCUCAGCACCAAUGGGCACUGGAAAAUGUAAAGUAGACCCAGAUGCUAUUUAUUCAAGGCCCCUUUGAGUCCUAUGUGGGCCAAUGUCAGGCCAGUAAGACUAUAGCAGAAAUAAUCAUCAGUUAAUCUAGGCUUAUUUUUGAUCUAGUGCAGCAGGUUGAGGCCGAAACGGAUCUCAAAACAGUUUGUCAGUUACCUUUGCCUGGACAUCUGUGGCUUCAUAAGCAGCCAGAGCUCAGGACACGAAUGUUCUAGCAUAGCAAUGAUUUCAUAGCAGUUUGGACAUUUUUUCUCUUCCCUUUUAAGAAAACCUGACAGCACUGCUGCCAAAUUUGGAAAAAGGCCACAUGAUACUCAUUCAAAAAACGGAAAAGCAAACAAUAGAAACCCUUCACCCUCCGGCCACAAGCUCAGCCUGCUGGAGCCUGUGCCCUGUGUCCACAGAGAGCUUUUGCAAUAGGGGCUGCACAGCAGUUGCUGCAUCAAGUGGAAAAUCGUGGUGCAAUCCUAGGUCUCCAGGCAGAGGACACUUUCACAGGUGGGCACGACUGACAGACUGAAGUCUUCUGGGACUGAGGACUCCAGCAUGUGGGAUGUGGAAAGCAUCCGCACACGGCACCCUUUCUUUAGAAACAAACUACAGGUAACCGGCAGCACAGAAAUUAAAUUACCUUCUCAACACUGAAAGCAAAUCUCCUUUGUUCAUGUACUGGAAACUGGAAUGCUUUUAACUUUGUUAGGGUGGAACCAGGCAGUUGUGACUCCAGGGAAGGCGGCAACUGCAAAGCACAGUCCCCUGGAGGAGUGGUUGGUGUGCAGACGAAAAGUUCUUCGUUUCUGUCUCAGAUUGUGAAAAACCAGAAUUAGAUGGAGCCCUUAACUUCUGUAAUUUACUUCUAAAUCAAAGAACAAGGAGACAAUCUAAACACUAGUUUGCAUUCCAAGUGGAAGAAGAAAUUGUUACUGAAAUAAGGCCCAUUCGUCACUAAAUUGUUCAGUACCGUCACCCAGCAAAUGUCUAUAACUAUUCUGCAAUGUCAUUGGCUUGCACUAUGUGGGUAUUCUAAGUAAAACAGAUAUAUAAAACACGUAUAUCAACUAUGGCAAACCUAGAAGUUUUGUUCAGAGCAGUACCAUCUGAAGUGUCUAAUGCAUUAGCCGUUUCAUAAGGCACUAAAUAAACCUAGAAUGUGAGAACCCUUUUGCGUGGCCCUUCAGCUUACAGUGUGCACUGAAUAGUUUUGGAUAAGAAUCCAAAGUGAACACCACUAACUGGUCUUUGAAAUAUGCAUGUACUUUAUAUUUUCUAUAUUUGUAACUUUGCAUGUACUUGUUUUGUUGUGUAAGAAGUUUGUAAGUGUUUACUAUCUGACUGAAAUUAAACCAAGCUAAAAUGA